CCGCGUUCCGGGCCCAGCUGUCCCCGGCCCCCUCUGGGGGCGAGACACCCCCUUUGCCCAGCUCUGAGCGGGUCCCUUCCGCGCUGCCUCUCGCCCGGCUCCGCUCCGGGUUUUCGCUCCGGCCCCCAGAGGGUCCCGGCGCCGGCCCCCUUCCCCGCAAGGGGAUCCCGCCGCUGCAUUGCACCGAGGGGCGCACGGAGUCCGGAGCGCGCCCGGCUGCUGCUCCCCCCGCCGGCGCCCCACCAGCUCCGCUCCCCCGCGGGCCGCCCCGGCUGUGCCCCCAGAGGGGACGGGCGCGGUCCCCGGCACCUCCGGCUCCGGGCCAAGGCAGAGCCCGGCUGCGCUGCGGGGUGGGGCGCGGGGCCCCCCAUCCCCGUGCGCCCUGCGCCUUGGCCGGUGCUGCUGCCUGGCUCUGCCCCGGGGGCUCCCCGAGCUAAACUGUACAGGGCGGGACCCCCGGCCCCGAUCCGGCCCCGAUCCGGCCGCCCUUCUCCCCGCGCUCCGUGCGCCUGGCCCCGGGCGCUCGGCCCAUGGCGCGGCUGCCCCUGGCCCUUUGGCUCGGGCUGGCGGCGCUCUCCCUGCAGGCCCCGCCGGGCGGCGAGCCGGGCCCCGAGCUGCCCCCGCUCCACUACGGCGACAACGUCCUUGACCUGCUGGAGGCGCUGAACGUCACCCGCUCCGUCCAGGGCGUCAGCAGGGCCCCGGGCCCCGAGCCGGGCGCCCCGGCCUGGAAGUUCCGCCAGCGGGUGCCCCACCUGACGCUGCCCUGGGACUACGCCGUCUACCUGCUGGCCAGCUCGCAGGGCGCCCUGGGCUUCCACUUUGUGGCCAGGCAGAGCCAGGGCUCGGCGGGCACGCUCAUCUCCCUGGUGUCGCCGGCUGCUGCCGCGCGGGACGGGCGCCCGCUGCUGCAGCUGGCGUCCAGCACCCGCGCCAACCAGCUGCGUCUGGACUACCGCGCCGGGCCCAGCAUGGAGCCCGCCUCGCUGCUCUUCCCCGGCGGCAGCCCCUUCGCCCUGGGCCGCUGGGCCCGGCUGGCCCUCGACCUGCAGCCCCACCGCCUGGCGCUCUUCGUGGACUGCCGCCCGGCCGUGCUCCUGGAGAGGGGCGGCCUGCGGGACGCGCUCAGCCUGCUGCUGCCCCUUGACCUGCAGAUCACCUUCGCCAGCCUGCCCGGGGACCCCGCCAGCAAGUUCCUGGGUUAUUGGCAGACGGCUGAGAUCUCCCCCAGCGGAUUCCCACGCCGGCCGUGGCACUGCGAGAACCUGGCAGACCCCUUCCCCGUGCCGUACACCCUGGCGGAGGAGGGGUACCUGGCCGAGCCCCCCUUUGAUCAAGGAUCCCCCCUAGCCCCGGAGCCGCCGGCCCUCGCCGACAUCCGCAACUACCAGCAGCAGCCCGGCGAGCCUGAGUUCCCCCCGGGGCUGGCGCGGCCCCACCCGGACGCCCUGGAGGACAGAAUGCAGCGGCUGGAGGAGCUGGUGGAUGGAUUCGGGGCCAUGCUGGACAUGGUCAAAGCGCAGAACUGGGAGCUGCUGGCCCGCGUGAAGUCCCUGGAGCGCUGUGAGUGCCGGAGGCCGGCAUGCGUGUGGGAGGGGACGCGGCACGAGGACGGAGCCACCUGGGACAAGGACGCCUGCACCGCCUGCAUCUGCCUGCAGGGGGAGGUGCAGUGCUCGGCACGCCAGGACCGGCCCCAGUGCCUCGGCUGCAGCUAUGCAGGGCAGCUCUACAGCAACGGGGACGCCUUCGGCAGGGACGCCUGCACCACCUGCCGCUGCCGGGUGAGCGCCCGCAGCCCUGCCAGGCCCCCAGACAUGGGCACUGGAGGGGCUGGGGGAUCCCAGGCUGAGCCCGCGUGCUUUGGGGUUCAGAGUGCCAGGUGGUCAGCUCUAACCCGCCAGAGCCCACUCCUCUUCCAGAGUCGGGAUAGAACCCAGGAGUCCUGGCUCCCAGCCCUGCCUGCUCUAACCCGCCAGAGCCCACUCCCCUCCCAGGGCUGGGAUAGAACCCAGGAGUCCUGGCUCCCAGCCCCGCCUGCUCUAACCCGCCAGAGCCCACUCCCCUCCCAGGGCUGGGAUAGAACCCAGGAGUCCUGGCCCCCCCAUAUGUCUCACUGCCCGAGCGAGUGCAGCAGAUGUUGGCGUGUGCCCGUGUGGAGGCGUGUGCCCGUGUGGAGCCGUCUCCCUGUGCUGAGGCGUGUGCCGUGUGCCCAGGAGGGGGAAGCCCGCUGCGUGACGGAGCAGUGCCCGCCGCCCGCCUGCCAGCACCCGCUCCCCUCACAGGGGAAGUGCUGUCCCGAGUGUGCGGGCUGUCUGUACAGCGGGCACCAGCUGAGGGACGGGCAGAGCUACCAGGAGGGGCCCUGCAGCACCUGCACCUGCAGGGCUGGGACCGUGCGGUGCCAGGAGACCGUGUGCCCGGAGCUCUCCUGCCUGGAGCGCGAGACCCUGCCUGGGCAGUGCUGCCCCACCUGUCGGCCAGGCUGUGAGUACGACGGGCAAAGGUACCAGGACGGAGACGUCUUCCUGGCCACAUCCAACCCCUGCAUGAACUGCUCUUGCCUGGAUGGGAACGUCCAGUGCCUCCGACUCGUCUGCCCGCAGCUCCACUGCGCCACCCAGGAGGAGCUGCCCGGGGCCUGCUGCCCCCACUGCCAGGGCUGUGUGGACGGAGCCGCCCAGCGGGCGCAUGGUGAGGAGUGGGCGCCACGCGCAGACCCCUGCCAGAGCUGCCGCUGCUUGGAGGGCCGCGCCGUGUGCAGGAAGAGGCAAUGUGCCAGGCUGUGCCGCCACCCUGCCAGCCCCCGGCCGGGCACCUGCUGCCCUGUCUGCGACGGCUGCUCGUUGGAUGGCCGGGAGUUUGCCAGCGGGGAGCCGGUGCCCAGCGGGGAGCCCUGCACCCAGUGUGCUUGCACGAGAGGGAAUGUGUUGUGCAAACCCACCGCCUGCCCGCCUGCCCCCUGCCCGGAGCCCGUCCUGAGACCCGGCGAGUGCUGCCCGCGGGGCCGGGUGCCAGGACUGCCUCUACGAUGCCCAGCCCUUCCCGGACGGCGCCACCUUCACCCCCCGCAGCAGCCCUGCUUGAGCUGCCGCUGCCAGGCCGGGGAGGUGUCGUGUGAACGCCUGGAGAAGAGCUGCCCACCCGUGCCCUGCAGCCACCCUGGCACUGCCCAGGGCCAGUGCUGCCCAGCCUGCCAUGCGUGUGAGUACGAGGGGCACCCCUACCGCCACGGAGAGACCUUCACGCCCCCGGGCCGCGGGCCCUGCGUGCAGUGCACCUGUGCGGCUGGGCACGUGCAGUGCCAGGAAGAGAGGUGCCCCCCCAUGUCCUGCGCCCAGCCCGUCCGGGACCCCCAGCGCUGCUGCCCCCUCUGCAAAGGGUGUGUGCUGGCCGACGAGGAGUUCGAGGAGGGGGCGCAGUGGAAGCCGGACGGGGACCCCUGCACCACCUGCACCUGCCUCGCCGGAGAGCCCGUCUGCGGGGCCCUGCCGUGCCCGCCCCCCGCCUGCCAGCACCCCGCCCGCCUGAGCGGGGACUGCUGCCCGACCUGUGCCCAGUGCUCCUACAACCAGCACCUCUACGCCAACGGGCAGGCCUUCGCCGACCCGCACAGCCCCUGCCAGCGCUGCCAGUGUUUGGACGGGACCGUGCAGUGCUCGCCCGUCGCCUGCCCCCCGCCCAGCUGCCCCCGCCCGGAGAGCCAGCCUGGCCAGUGCUGCCCCACAUGUCGGGGCUGCAGCGUGGAGGGGGGCGCGGUGGAGGCGGGCGAGCGGUUCCCCAGCCCGCGGGACCCCUGCCAGCUGUGUGUCUGCACCGACGGGAUCGUCAGCUGCUCGGCGCGGGAUUGCCCCGGUGCCCUGUGUGCCCGCCCGCUGCCCGGCUCCUGCUGCCCGAACAACUGCAACGGCUGCAGCUACGGGGGGAAAGAGUACCCCAACGGAGCCGAGUUCCCGCACCCCACGGACCGCUGCAAGCAAUGCCACUGCCUCAACGGCCAUGUGCACUGUCUGUUGCGACGCUGCCCGCCCCUGCCCUGCGCGGAGCCCUUCCUGGUGCCCGGCGGGUGCUGUCCCCAGUGCCCAGAGCCCCCGGCGGGCUGCCUCUCCGCGGGCAUCUCCUACCAGCCCAUGCAGCGAUUCUACGACCCCUCGGACGCCUGCCGCCUCUGCAUCUGUGCCAACGGGACCGUCACCUGCCAGCACCAGCCUUGCGCCCCCGCCCUCUGCGCCCACCCCCUGCGGCGGGACUGCUGCCACUCCUGUGACGGCUGCCUGUACCAGGGAAAGGAGCUGCCCAACGGGGAGCAGUUCCCGGACCCCGCGGAGCCGUGCCACGUCUGCACCUGCUGGGAGGGCAGCGUCUCCUGCCAGCCCAGGGCCUGCCCGCUGCUCCAGUGCCCCUUUCCUGCCCGGGGGCCGUGCUGCCAGGUCUGCGAAGGCUGCGAGUACUUGGGCGAGGGUUACCUCGAUGGCCAGGAGUUCCCGGACCCCCAGGACGCCUGCGGCCGCUGUGCAUGCCUCCACGGCUUCGUCACCUGCACCAAAACGCCCUGCGACCCGCCAGGCUGCCGCCACCCCGCCAGCCCCCCAGGCCGGUGCUGCCCCGUGUGCCAGGGCUGCCACUUCCAGGGCCAGGACCUCGCGGACGGAGAGACCUUCCCGGCCCCCGGCGGGCGCUGCGAGCAGUGUCGCUGCCUGCGGGGAGAGGUGUCCUGCGGGCCCCUGCCCUGCCCUGGGGUGACGUGUCCCCACCCGGCCAUGGGCCCCUGCGACUGCCCCGUGUGUGACGGCUGCAGCUUCCAUGGGCGAGCGUGCAGCAACGGGGAGCGCUUCCCCGACCCUCACGACGCCUGCCAGCUCUGCUCCUGCCUGGAUGGCAGCGUGACGUGUGUGCCCGCGCCGUGCUCCCCCGCCCCCUGCCGGAACCCGGUCGCCCUGCCCGGCCAAUGCUGCCCACAGUGCUCCGGUUCCUGCCGCUACCAGGGCCACCUCUACGAGAGCGGGGCCCCCUUCCGCCCCCCGGGGGGGGACCCCUGCUCCACCUGCACCUGCCUGGGCGGGGACGUGCUCUGCGUGAUGGCCCCGUGCCCCCCGCUGACGUGCACCCACCAGGUGAUAGAGCCCGGGGACUGCUGCCCCCGCUGCAAAGGCUGCAUGUACGAUGGGCAGGAGCACGCCGAUGGCACCAGCUGGUUCUCCUCCCCCUGCGUGUCCUGCCUGUGCACCCACGGCAUCGCCACCUGCGCCCAGAUCCGCUGCCUCGGCUCCUGCCUCCAGCCCGUCCAGGUGCCCGGGGAAUGCUGCCCACUGUGCGCAGAUUGCAUGUUCGAGGGCCAGCCGUACAGCCCCGGGGAGAGCUUCCAGCCGUCACUGGAUCCCUGUGAGAUCUGCACCUGUGAGCGGCUGGCGGUCGAGGGGCCUCAUGUGCGCUGCUACCGCAGGCAGUGCCCCAGCCUGGUCGGCUGCCCCAGGAGCCAGAUCCAGCCGCCCGGGCCACAGCACUGCUGCCCCACCUGUGCCCAGGCCUUGAGUAACUGCACGGCCGAGCUGGCCGGGAACGAGCUCCAGGCGGCUGACGACCCGUGUUACACCUGCCAGUGCAAGGAUCUCACCUGGGUGUGCGUGCACCAGGGCUGCCCGCAGCUCAGCUGCCCUCCCGCCGAGCAGUUCACCCCCCAGGGCGCCUGCUGCCCCAUCUGUGACGAGUGUGUGAUAGAGGCUGGAGAGCGCCGGGUGUCGGACGGUGAGAGCUGGAUGGACAGUGAGGACGACUGUGUCAGCUGCACCUGUCAUCGCGGCCACGUGGAGUGCCACGUCGCGGCGUGCGAGCCCGUCGAGUGCCAGGGCAGCCUGCGGAGGGUACGGAUGCCCGGCUCCUGCUGCUACGAGUGCCAAGACCCAGAGGGCUCCUGCUCCUACCAGGGCCAGCGGUACCCGGCCAGCGAGCGCUGGCAGGUGGACACCUGUACGACCUGCACCUGCGUCUCCGGGGAGGUGCACUGCCAGAUCCAGCCCUGCCCCCCGGCCGCCUGCGCCGCGGAUGAGACACCUGCCCUGGCGCCAGGCACCUGCUGCCCUCGCUGCCUGCCCCGCCCCGCCACCUGCCUGGCCUUCGGCGACCCACACUACCGCACCUUCGACGGGCGCACCCUGCACUUCCAGGGCACCUGCACCUACGUCCUGGCCCAGGACUGCCAGCGGGAGGACUUCAGCAUCCACGUGACCAACGACGACCGGGGGCGCCCGGGUGUGGCCUGGACCAAGGAGGUGACGGUGCGAGUCGGGGACACCGUGGUGCAGCUGUUGCAGGACUGGCUGGUCAGGGUGGACGGCCAGGUGGUGACCUUGCCCUUCCUCAAGGAGCCCCACCUCUACGUCGAGCGCCAAACCAACACCAUCCUGCUCAACACCAACAUCGGGGUGAAGGUCCUGUGGAGCGGGCGCUCGCAGCUGGAGGUCAGCGUGCCCGGCACCUACAAGGGGCACACGUGCGGUCUGUGUGGCAACUUCAACGGCCACCCGCAGGACGACACCCGCCUGCGCUCGGGGCAGCUGGCCCGCUCCGAGGCCGCCUUCGGCAACAGCUGGAGGGUGCUGAGCGGUAACGGCACAGGCGGGCCGUGUGCCGACGGGCGGGAUGUGGAUCCCUGCAAGGAGGCCGGCUACCGCGCCCGCAAGGAGGCCAACGCCCGCUGCAAGGUGCUGAAGUCGGGGGCGUUCGAGCCCUGCCACCCCCUGGUGCCCCCGGAGCCCUUCUUCGCCGCCUGCGUCUACGACCUGUGUGGGGCCGGGGCCGAGCCCUGCCUGUGCGACGCGCUGGAGGCCUACGCCGCCCUGUGCCGCCGGGCCGGCUUGGCAUUGAGCUGGCGCUCGCCCACGCUCUGCGCCGUCGGCUGCCCCAAGGACCGGGGCUACGUGUUCGACGAGUGCGGCCCGCCCUGCCCCAAGACGUGUUACAACAAGGAUGCGCCGCUGGGGGCCAUCGAGUCUCGCUGCUUCACGCCCUGCGUGCCCGGGUGCCAGUGCCCCGCCGGGUGGGUCGAGCACGAGGCCCACUGCGUCCUGCCCGAGGCCUGUCCCCGGGUCAUCUACGACAGCCUCUGAGCCCUGGGACGCCCGCGUCCUCCGCCAUGGCCCCGGGGCCGGCCACGCUCCCUCCCACAGCCCCUGGGACGCCCGCGUCCUCCGCCAUGGCCCCGGGGCCAACCACGCUGCCUUCCACAGCCCCUGGGACGCCCGCGUCCUCCGCCAUGGCCCCAGGGCCGGCCACGCUCCCUCCCACAGCCCCUGGGACGCCCGCGUCCUCCGCCAUGGCCCCGGGGCCGGCCACGCUCCCUCCCACAGCCCCUGGGACGCCCGCGUCCUCCGCCAUGGCCCCGGGGCCAACCACGCUGCCUCCCACAGCCCCUGGGACGCCCGCGUCCUCCGCCAUGGCCCCAGGGCCGGCCACGCUCCCUCCCACAGCCCCUGGGACGCCCGCGUCCUCCGCCAUGGCCCCGGGGCCGGCCACGCUCCCUCCCACAGCCCCUGGGACGCCCGCGUCCUCCGCCAUGGCCCCGGGGCCAACCACGCUGCCUUCCACAGCCCCUGGGACGCCCGCGUCCUCCGCCAUGGCCCCGGGGCCGGCCACGCUGCCUCCCACAGCCCCUGGGACGCCCGCGUCCUCCGCCAUGGCCCCGGGGCCGGCCACGCUGCCUCCCACAGCCCCUGGGACGCCCGCGUCCUCCGCCAUGGCCCCGGGGCCGGCCACGCUGCCUCCCACAGCCCCUGGGAUGCCCGCGUCCUCCGCCAUGGCCCCGGGGCCGGCCACGCUGCCUCCCACAGCCCCUGGGACGCCCACUGUAACGAUGCUGGUUCUGGCAGGAUCCAACUGAGAGUGCCAGUUCAGGACAAAUUGCUGAAAACAGGGCAGUUACAGCCCAAGGCUGGGAUUUCUGUGCACCCCACUGGCUAACCACAAAUCACACAAGCAAUUCCCUCAGACACUCCAGUUUCCCAGUAUCACCACCAGGGCCACUCGUUAUGGGGACGACUGGUUAUGAAAACCAAGACCCCAGUAGCAGAAAAACAGUUCUCUCGAUCCCAAAGGACCAAGCCCCAGACCCAGGUCAAUAUGCAAGUCAGAUCUUACCCACAAAUCACACUGUUGCCAAUCCUCUAGCAUCUAAAAUCUAAAGGUUUAUUCAUAAAAGGAAAAAGAUACAGACGAGAGCUAGAAUCGGUGAAAUGGAAUCAAUGACAGCCAGUGAUGGCCAAGUUCUUGGUUCAGGCUUGCAGCAGUGAUGGAAUAAACGACAGGUUCAAAUCCAGUCUCUGGAGAACGUCCCCAGCUGGGAGGGGUCGUUCAGUCCUUGGUUCAGAGCUUCCGUGUAGCCAAGUCCCUCCAGAGGCCAGAAGCAGGAUUGAAGACAAGAUGGAGGAGCUGCCGCAGCUUUUACAGACUCCUGCCAGGUGGUCUCUGCUUUCCUUGUCCCAGAGACAAGCUGCCCCUCACAUGGCCUGGAAAACCCUCAGCAGUCUGUCCAUAGGCAGGUCCCUGCGUACCUGGCUGAGUCGCAAGGUGUAUCUGCCUUCUCUCCGUGGGUCAGGUGUGUCGCUGAUGGUCCUUCAUGGGCCAUCCGGCCGGCUAGGCAGAGCUGACACCAACGUGUCCGGGGGUGUCCCCCAGAAGCAUAGGACAAGUUUGAACUACAGACAGUAGAGAGCCAAUAUUCAUAAUUUAAAUUACAAAAACAAUACACACAAGCAGACAGCAGAAUCAUAACCAGCAAACCCCAACCUUGUCUUAGACACCUCAUUUGACCCCCUUUAUACAAGAUUUGGUGCCACUUCAGGACAGUUGCAACUAUGAUCUAUACGGUCCCAGUUCACGCCAGUAACCUCACACCUGCGUCCUCUGCCAUGGCCCCGGGGCUGGCCACACUCCCAGUUGGUGCCCCAGAUAUGACCCCUGCAGCACCCAUGGGGGACCCACAGGGAGCCUGGCAGCUCCAAUACUCCUCCCCCACCCACAGGGAGGAGGCAAGGGUCUGCCACCCCCUUGUCCCCGCUUUUUCCCCUCGGAUCCCCCCCAGGUUGCCCCAGCCAGGGCAUGCAGCCAUGGGGGUGCAGGGAGGGGCAGGGUGCCAGGCUGGCCAUGGCUCCCACACGCCCAGCUGCAAUGGCUUGAGGACCAUUUCCUGAACACCAGCCCCGGCAGCACAGAGUGGGGAGAACGGACUCCUGGGUUCUAUCCCCAGUACCCCCUAGGUCUCGGUGUCCCAUCCAUGCCCUUAGCAUCAAGUCCUGCAGGCCCCCUGGGGGUAACGGUGCCCUGGCACUAGUAUUGCUGGGCACGCAGGCUGGCAUGGAGCCCCCCCCAGUCUGGAUCCACCCCUGCCCGUACCCCGCCCUGCCCAGCACCCAGUGGCAUCGUCCACCAUCAGGUGCCAUCAGCCAGUCACACGGGGUGCUGUGUCCUGGCACAGAUGGGCUGGCCAGUCCCCCUGGCCUUGGGGAAAGGUGCCAGGUGCAGAUUGUGCCGCCCCUGUGCCCCUUUGGCUGGACAGGGGCAAGGGUAUUUAUCAGUGUGGUGGGGGCUGGGCCAGACCUCACCCCCUGUGCCCACAGCAAUAAACGUGGUAACCAUG